AUGCUUUGGCGACCAAGAGUGGCUCUCAGAUUUAUGUCAACCUCAAUGAUGCAAGCGAGUGCCUUCCCUCAUAACGAAGACAUGACCAAACUUUCUCCUAUGGUUUAUGACAAGGAAGGGACAAUUGUUCCACGAAACUACUUAUUCCCCUUUGGCUAGCAAGCAAAAUCAUUUAAAAAUCCUAGUUUUAGGAAAAUUAACCUGUAGCGAGCAAAAAUAUUUUAAUAUUAUUUUUGAUACAAACUCUUUUUUAGCAUGCACAUAAUGAUGCUUAUUAUAAAAAAUCCAGCUAAUUAGUAUUUUAAAAUACAAAUUUUAUAAAUAAAAUAGAUUUUUUUUUUUUUUUAUAUUAUAUUAUUAAAAUAUUGAUUGAUAAGAGAGCAAGGUGUUUUUACUAGCUAACCAAGUGGGAGAGUUAGUGCUUAGGAAAGAAGAAGAGAUCGAAAAGUACGUCCUCAAUCUGCUUCAAAACUACUUCCGCACCUGCAAUAAAGCUGCUCUGUCUAUUAAUAGUUAUCUCCCUGAUCACGGUCUAGAUAGCUUGGAUGCGGUCGAACUUGUAGUGAGAAUGGAGGAUGAACUUGGCUAUAUCAUUCCUGCUGAGGCACUUCCAGCUUUCAAAAACGUCAGAGCGUUUGUGAAUUACAUCAAACAAACUGAGGACUUCAAGGCUGAGUUUAACAAGAACCCAAUAAACUAACUCCCUCUACUUAAAUUGGGGGGAAAAAAAAAAGUUCCAAUUUCAAGGGGGUUUAUUUUUUUUUAAUUAUUUUUAUGAAGGAUUUAUUCAUAAAAUUAGGCUAUCAACUAUUUGAAUAGCUUUAUACUUGUACUCCCCCGUUAAAGCGGUAAAAUCUAUAUAUAGGGUGUUAUUUUGUCAGAUAUAAAUUUUCCCUAAAAUUGAAGAGUGAAGUUUUACCAAUUGUUUGCUCCAAUUUAAAGAAGGGAGUAA